AAGGUAUCUAUUUCAUCAGCUACAGCAUCUCUUACUAGUCUGUGAAUUAGAUUGGAAUAAAGAUGCUGUAGACCUAGGUUCUAUUGCAAUCAAAGAGGGAAGAAGGAGGGGACUAAAAAAGCAAAAGAAGUUGAUGGGGGAGGGGAAGAGGAGGGAGGAGGAGGAGAGAGUAAAGCUUAAAGAAACUCCCUAAUUGCAAGACUUUCUGUGCAAGAUAUUUUUCUUCCUUUCCCAAGUUUGAAGGCUGCUGAAUAAUUCAUGAAAAGCGUGGAAAGGCUGAAUUUACCCAGGGUGAUGAAUAGCUGAUCAGGAGUGAGCUGAGAGGAGAGAGACUGUAUCGCAUCAGCCACCACUCCUGCUUUCUCAGUCUAGGGUGCUCUACAGCUCUCAUUUUGCUUUUCAACCAGCUUCCCCUGUGCUCUGCUAUUGUGACUGCAGGAGCUUGCUUGCCUAGGUGGAUCUCUAGGCUGCUAAAAGUCAGAUAGUCUUCCCCCUGGCACUGCUGCCAGCUGGGAAGCUCCUCCUUGCUUAUUGCUGCUGGGGCUGCUGCCAAGCUUUGGACCAGGUGCCCAGUUCCUGAGUAUUGGGGAUCCUCCUGGCACUGAUCCCAGUGGAACUUCUUUGAUGGUGUUUUCCUGGGACCAUAGAUGCUGCUGCUGGGACAAGGUGCUUUGGGGGAUCACUUCCUCUGUUACUGUCGGCAGAGGACCAGCCUGACAACAAGGUAUCUCCUGUCCCUCCACCCCCAUUCCCACUCCACCACUCCAUCUGGGUAUUUUUCCCAGCUGGGAUAUACCUGCUGGCUCCUGCAAGUGGGUGAUCCAGCUGGCAUUUCCAACUGGAAGGAGGGAGUUUAUUUUUGCUACUGCUGCUGUCUGAAAGCAGGAACCCUUUUUCCUUGCUCUGUGGAGACAUUUCUGAAGUAGGGACCUGCUACCAGAAACUACGCUCACCUACCACAUCGCAGUCUUUCUGCCCCUCUCCAGAUCUCCCACCGAAAGUCAAUUCUUCUACAGCCUUUCGAUUUGGGGAGGGGAGAGGUGGCGCUCCACCCUUGUUGACCCUGCAGGACAGUAUCGGAGGUGAUGGAGCCCUCAGAAAGAAGUCAGAGUUGAAGAACUGGGUGUGAAAGUGGAAGCCAGCAUGACCAACAGCUCCUCCACGUCCACCACCACCUCCAGUGCCGGGGGCUCGCUGCUACUGUUGUGUGAAGAGGAAGGCUCGUGGGCAGGCCGCCGGAUUCCCGUGUCCCUCCUCUACUCCGGCCUGGCCAUCGGGGGCACGCUGGCCAACGGCAUGGUCAUCUACCUGGUGUCAUCGUUCCGAAAGCUCCAGACCACUAGCAACGCUUUCAUUGUGAACGGCUGCGCCGCUGACCUGAGCGUGUGCGCCCUCUGGAUGCCUCAGGAGGCCGUUUUGGGGCUGCUGCCCAACUCCUCGCCCGAGCCUCCAGGGGGGUGGGACGGGGCUGGGGGCAGCUACCGCCUGCUGAGGGGCGGGUUGCUGGGCCUCGGUCUCACCGUGUCUCUUCUAUCCCACUGCUUGGUGGCUCUGAACCGCUACCUGCUCAUCACGCGGGCGCCCGCCACCUACCAGGUGCUGUACCAGAGGCGCCACACGGCGGGCAUGCUGGCACUGUCCUGGGCACUGGCUCUGGGGCUCGUGCUGCUGCUGCCGCCUUGGGCAGCUCCCCCAGGUCGCGUGCCCCCCGAGGUGCACUACCCGGCGCUGCUGGCAGCUCUGGCGCUGUUGGCUCAGACGGCGUUGUUGCUGCACUGCUACCUGGGCAUCGUGCGCCGGGUGCGGGUCAGCGUCAAGCGGGUCAGCGUGCUCAACUUUCACCUGCUGCACCAGCUGCCGGGCUGUGCCGCGGCCGCGGCCGCCUUUCCAAGUGCCCCUGGCCCCCCGCACGCACACCCGGUGCCCCAGGCGGCCGCGGCCUCCGCGCAGCCCCUGCCGCCCACUUUGCAUCCGCGCCGGGCACAGAGGCGCCUCAACGGCUUGUCAGUGCUGCUGCUCUGCUGCGUCUUCCUGCUGGCCACGCAGCCUCUCGUGUGGGUGAGCCUCGCCAGCGGUUUCUCGCUGCCUGUCCCCUGGGGCUUGCAGGCGGCUAGCUGGCUUUUGUGCUGCUCCCUGUCCGCCCUCAACCCGCUCUUGUACACCUGGAAGAACGAGGAGUUCCGCCGUUCUGUGCGCUCGGUGCUGCCCGGCAUCGGGGACGCGGCGGCUGCAGCCGCCGCCGCCACUGCUGUACCAGCAGUGUCCCAGGCACAGCUGGGCACCCGGGCCGCUGGCCAGCACUGGUGACGCGGUUGCCAGGGCAGCCCAGGCGACGGAGGAGAUGUUGCCCGAUUUCCCGCUCCCAGGUCGCCCGCUCCUCCAAAGCAAAACAUCGCUGGUGGAAGAAGACUCAUAAAAUAUUCUGCAAUAAAGUUGGCACGAGAAACUUUAUCCAGCUGUCACAGGGACAGCCAGGGUUGCCAGAACCCUCGCUCUUUAGAACGGGAAAGAGAUGGGACGGGGGUGCCCCGGGGAAAAGAAAAUUCAUUUUUCCUCCCAGGUCACUCAGUUCGGUCCGUUGACUGCCAUUAUCCUUUACACUGCUGCUGGGAAACUUAGGACCGCCAAAGCUGACAAUUUAAACAUCCAUGAGAACUUCAUUUAAAACUAUAAACUCUGCACAACAACUCAACUCGGCUUUUCCUGUUGGAUCACUCACCGUGAUUAAAAUAUCUUUAUUUUCCCCUUUAUUGUACAAUAAUUUAUUAAAAACCCUAGAUGUGCAUGGGACAAAGAUUCUUUAUGCUAUGAUUUUUAGGGGAUACCUGCUAACUUUGAUAUGAUCUUUAUUUAUUCAAUGUAUAUUAUUAGCCCACAGUAUUGUAGGAGCAAAAUCUUGCUUAAAAUAUGAUUUAUCUUUAAAGUUCUUCUGUAAGAUGUUCUUCAGAGACGGCAAAGUCACUCCUGAAUGAUUUCUCAGCCAGUGAGAAAAUUGAGAAUUUGUUUACUUUUGAUAGCUUUUUGCAUUCCUAGAUCUAAGAGGUGGCAAAUCAACAUUUGAUAGGUUGAGAGUUCAUCGUAAGAGCCAGCAACAGUAGGCAGCUGUGAAAACAAAUGAUGGGACUUUUUAAUUUAGAAAAUGAUUUCAUGAUUUCUAUAGCAUGCACUAACAUAUUGCAACCAACAUCUUGUAAUAGUUCUAUGCCCUCCAAGUGUGAUUGCAGUUUUUAUUUAUUUUUAUUUUUUACAUUUUGUAAUUUAACAGUUGCUAAGGAGAGUAAGAAUUUCUGUUGUAUGCUUAAUAUUAAAAAUAUCUCAAUGCACAUGAUGUAAACACUCACAGUACAAUGACUUCAUAGCUAAAAUUAGCAGUUAUUGCAUGCUCCUAAGUGUUCGAACUUAUGGAGAGUGCAGGUAGUGGAUCAAAGGCUACCCCACUAGACAUGGGCCACUGGACAUUCUACUUCUUCCAUAAGAAGAAGCCUUUUCUUAAGGAUUAUAGCCAAAAAGGUUCAUCUCUAGUUACAUAAGGCUCUUCUUAUUCUUUCUUAAUUCACAGGGCAAAAAAAAUGUAGUUUGACUCUUGUAGAAAGAGUAGCUGGCAAGAUGAACAGUGAUCUGAUUUGGUUUGUACAAAGUCAUCCACGUGCUUAGAGUUUAGAACAUUGGACAGCAGCAAGCUGUCCCGGUUUUAACUUAGUACUUAUAGUACCUUGACAGGUCUCAUUGUGCAUGUGUAUAUGAGAAUUUAUUUACUCUGUCAUAUGGAGAAUGUGAAGUACAAAUGGAAGUCAAAAUAAUAUCUUUGAGAUUUAUAAUUUUAGCAAAUCUUCUGUUUGUCAAAUUAUUUUGAAAUGGCCACUUGCUAUGUAAGAUCAAAUAAAAUCACUCUUGGGGAUUAAAAUGGAAAGA